UGUUUCGUGUGUGCGAGAGACUGAAAGUGACCGCCAAGAUGCCCGGACCUGUUACCGAUUACCAAACUUUGGCCGAUUUGGCCACACGCAUCAGGAUACACAGCGUGGAAUCAACCGCCGCCGCAAACUCCGGACAUCCCACAACAUCAUCUUCAAUCGCAGAAAUCCUUUCGGUACUCUUCUUCAACACAAUGAGAUACAAAGUAUCCGCCCCCAAAGACCCCUCAGCAGAUCGUUUGGUGCUUUCCAAAGGUCACGCCGCCCCCGCUCUUUACGGUGCCUGGGUUGAAGCUGGUUUGAUCCCAGCCAAUGAACUGAAGAGGUUGCGUCAAUUGGGAUCAGACCUCGAAGGUCAUCCCACUCCCAGGCUCAGCUUCAUAGAUGUAGGAACCGGUUCUCUGGGACAAGGUUUGGCCAUUGCCGGUGGUAUGGCUUACCAAGGAAAAUACUUCGAUAAAGCCGAUUACCGCGUUUACUGCAUCAUUGGUGACGGUGAGAGCGCCGAAGGUUCCAUUUGGGAAUCCAUCCAGUUCGCCAGCUAUUACAAAUUGGAUAACUUGGUGUUGAUUGUUGAUGCCAACCGUUUGGGACAAUCUGAACCUUCCAUUGUGGGUCACGAUUUGGAAUUGUACAAAAGGCGUUUCGAUGCUUUCGGAUGGAACUCCAUAAUCGUAGAUGGCCACAACGUCCAAGACUUAGUACAAAGUUUCGACGUAGCUGCCACUGUUAAAAACCAACCGACAGUCCUCAUCGCCAAGACUUUCAAAGGAAGAGAUUUCCCAGGAAUCGAAGACUUGGAAAACUGGCACGGCAAACCUUUGGGCGCCCACAGCGAAAGAGUCGUCCAACACUUGAAAUCAUUGAUCAAAACUAAAGGUCAACUCAAGUUCACAAUCAGACCUCCAACUCAAACAGUACCACCAAACAACAUCUCCAACAUCAGACUUGAGAGUCCCCCCAAUUAUAAACAAGGCGAUUCCAUCGCUACCAGAAACGUGUACGGAACGGCGUUGGUGAAGUUGGCCAAAACCAACCCACACGUUGUUGCUUUGGAUGGUGACAUGAAAAAUUCAACCUUCUCAGAGCAGCUGAAGAAAUACGACCCUAAGAGGUACAUCGAAUGCUUCAUUGCCGAACAAAGUUUGGCCGGAACUGGUAUCGGUUUAGCCUGCAGAGACAGGAGCGUCGUUUUCUGUUCCACAUUCGCCGCCUUCUUGACCAGAGCUUUCGACCAAAUUCGUAUGGGAGCAAUCUCACAAUCCAACGUCAACUUCUGCGGUUCUCACUGUGGUGUAUCAAUCGGUGAAGAUGGUGCCAGCCAAAUGGCCCUCGAAGACAUCGCAAUGUUCAGAUCCAUCCCUGGCAGUACUGUUUUCUACCCUGCCGAUGCCGUCUCCGCGGAACGUGCUGUUGAACUUGCUGCCAACACCAAAGGAAUCACUUUUAUUAGAACCAACCGACCUGCCACUACCGUCGUUUACCCCAACGACCACCCCUUCCAAAUCGGUAAGGCUACAGUCCUGAGGUAUUCCAACAACGAUCAAGCGUUGGUGAUUGGAGGAGGAAUCACUCUGCAGGAAUCCCUGAAGGCCGCCGACAUUCUGGCCCAAUCGGGAAUUUGCGUGAGAGUACUGGAUCUGUUCACCAUCAAACCAAUCGACAAAUACGGCAUCAUCAAGAACGCCAGAGAAACCGGAGGCAGAAUCUUGGUAGUUGAAGACCACUACUACGAAGGAGGUAUCGGAGAAGCCGUCCUGGGAGCAAUCGCCGAAGAAAGAGACAUUUAUUUGAAACAACACGCCAUUCCGAGGGUACCAAGAUCCGGAACACCCGCAGAAGUUCUGGACUACUACGGACUUUCGGCCAAACACAUCGUCGAACACAUAAAAGGAAUUUUGCACAAGUAAAAAUAUAU